AUGUCGCAUAGAACAUACGAUUUAGUGUGGCGUAAUGCACAAGAUAUUAUCGAUGAAGCAACACGUAACGAUACAUUAUUUCAAUCGGUGGAUCGACCAGAAAUUGAAAAAACUCAAGCACGUCCAAUUGUUGUUGAAUUAUAUAUACGUUAUAUAAUCGCGGUGAAUCGUUUAAUUGAAUGCUAUGAUCAAAUUGUUCAACCACAAAAAUUAAUUGUAAUACGUAAAUUAUUAGAUGCAACAUUAGGUCGAGUUGUUGAAAUUAAACAUGAUUUGUAUAAUAUCGAUCAAACACGAAUUAAUUAUAUUAAUGAUGAUGUUAUGAUUAAAUUAGGUGUUACACCAAUGGAAUUAGAGCUAAAAAUUCCGAGUUAUUUCAAUAAUUUUCGCGAAGGCUGGGCAAGUGAUUGGCUUGGUACAUUAAAUGAUAUUCUAACAAAGGCUGGAUAUAUUGCUGAAGAGGACGAAGGGCCACCACCACUUACAGAAAUUGAAGCUGUACGUUUAAUACAAACACAUGAACGAGCUAGGCAAGGACGUUUACGAGCCCAGUUUAUGCGAGAAAUUCGUGCAAUGAAAAAGAAAGGGAAACCCGACGUUAAAUCCGAUGAUGACAACUUUGGGACAAUGAUUGCAGCUGUAAAAAUACAAAAAAUAUGGCGUGGGUAUAUUGCACGACGAAACACACGCAAAUUAAAAAUUGCUGAAAUGUUAUUAAUUGGGAUGAUACCACCGGAUAGAAUGGAAACAAGCGCUCGAGAAAGACAACUAGAGAUUUGUGAAUAUCGACGUAAGUUACAAAAAGAAAAUAUUGAAAAAUAUGAAAAAGCUUUAGUUGAUGUUAAAGAAAAUUUAAAAGUUGAAAAAAGUGAAACUAUGAUGGCUGAUAUGCGUGAUGAAAUUACAAAUUGGUUACAAGAAUAUUAUAAACAUUCAGAGAAAUUGCCUGAAUUUCCUUCAGAAGAACGUGGCGGGUCACGCCUAAUGUUUAGCAGAAUGGGUUUAUCUUCGCAUGGUUCUGAAAGUGAACUAAGUAAAACAACGAACGCAUCCUCGAAAGAUGGUAAGAAAAGUAAAAAAGGCAGUGGUAAAGAUAGUGCUGAUUCGAAAAAGAAAAGUUCGGAUGAUUUGGAAGUUGUUGAAGAAAAUACAAAAAUAUUUAAACCAAUAUCGUCAUCAUUUAUUGGAGAGAUCAUUGAGAAUUGCGAAGAAUAUGAAGAAAAUUGGAAAAAGAAAGAUGAACACAUGAAUCCAACACAAGAACCGUACAUCGAUAUGAUUGUACGUGAAAAAACUAAUGAAUUAGAAAAUGAAUUACGUAAAAUUGUCGAUGGUUUAAUGCGUGAUGAAUUAGAAAAUUUACAGGCAGCAUUGGAUCGUGACCGAGCUGGUAAAGGUAAAAAACCAAAAAAACCACAGAAAAAGGCGAGACGUGGAGGUAAAAAGUCUAAAAAGAAAAAAGAGAAAGAUCUAACACCAGAUCGUACAUUAGAAUCAUUAUUCGAGGAAUUGGUAUGUAAUGGUAUAAUACGAUCUUAUCCAAAAUAUCGUCUAGAUGAAUUCAAAGGUGAAAAAUCAUUUGUACCAAACGAAUGGGGUACUGUGGGUGAUUUACGUCAGCUAAUUACUGAAUAUUGUAUUCUACCUCUUGGGUCGGAACUUGUACGAGAGAAUACAACAUUAAUUAAAUCGGUUUUAAUUGCAGGUGCAGAAGGUAGCGGUAAAAAACAAUUAGUUUAUACCGUAUGUACGGAAACAGAUUCUAUAUUGUUUGAUAUAAGUGCAUCAAAUAUUGUUGGGAAAUAUCCUGGUAAAUCUGGAUUAACAAUGUUAAUGCAUUUAGUAAGUAAAGUAUCACGUUUAUUACAACCAGCAGUGAUAUUUCUUGAUGAGUGUGAGAAAACAUUUGUACGGAAAGUCCAAAAAGGCGAUAAAUCUGAUCCAAAACGUUUGAAAAAAGAUUUACCCAAAUUGGUUAAAGGUAUAACAAAUGAAGAUCGUGUUAUAUUAUUGGGCACAACAUCACGACCAUGGGACUGUGACCAAAAAUUAUUGUUACAAACAUAUCAAAUAUAUUUUUUAAUACCCAAACCAAAUCAUGCUGAUUUGGUAUUAAUUUGGAAGUAUUUAUUUUCACCAUAUAAAAUGUUGAAGAAUUUUGAUUGUGGUCCACUUGCUCGAUUAUCAGACGGAUUUACUAUAGGAAGUAUCAUAAAAGUUAUGAAAGAGGUAAUGACAUGUAAGCGUAUGGUACAAUUACGUUCACAUCCAUUAAAAUUGGAGGAAUUAGUUGAGGCACUGAGUAAACAACAUCCAAUAUUUGCUGAACAUGAAGAAGCAUUAAAAGAGUGGAUUAGUUAA